AACGCGAAUACGUUAGUCGAGUCAUCGUCGAGAACGCCGUGGCACUUACAAUAACGAACACAGGGCGUUCGGUCUCAUCCUCCUCGCCGCAGCACAAGUAGGUCUUGAUCUUUGCCCACAUGCUGUCUUGUUUUCGUUGUUUUCUGUUGUCGCUCGAUGUCGAUGCGAUGAGCGUAGAGUCGAGGAGAAAACAAAGGAUUAUGUACGCUCACGCAACACGAGCGGUCCGAGGAGCCGGGGAAGUAUCACUUUCUCUGGUAGACCCGGGGUUCGACGACAAAAAGUGUGUGAGCCUUGUAGCGCUAGGAGAGACGGUCUGUCGAUGCAGUCAAGACAGUUCCGGAAGGGACAAAGAAGCACGCAAGCAAUUUUAGCAGCACUAAGACGAGGGACAAAGAGCACGCCAAAGAUGAAACGAAAGUCUAUAGGAACAGCGGGACAUGAGGGCAAGUCCCAAUAACAG